AUGACUGUCACAGCCUGGGAGACCAACCUCACAUCAACCAAUGGAAGUGAUCAGGCCAUUUAUCAACAUUAUACAGAGUUCAGAAUCCUGCAAUUACUAAUACCCAUCGUGACCCUGAUUGGGCUGGCAGGCAACUCGGUGGUGCUCUGGCUGUUGGGCUUCCGCAUGCGCAGGAACGCCUUCUCUGUCUACAUCCUCAACCUGGCGGGGGCCGACUUCCUCUUCCUCUGCUGCCGAUUUAUGCAUAGUCUAGUUAUACUUUUCAGCUUCAAAAUUUUCUUUAGAGUAACUAUCACGUUUCUCUCACCUGUGUUAACCUUUGCCUACAUCUCAGGCCUGAGCUUUCUCAGCGCCAUCAGCACGGAGCGCUGCAUGUCUGUCCUAUGGCCCAUCUGGUACCGCUGUCGCCGCCCCAGACACCUGUCUGCUGUCAUGUGUGCCCUGCUCUGGCUCUUGACCCUGCUUCUGGUCAUCUUGAGAAGGAGCUGUGUCUUCCUGAGUAGGAAUAUGCAUUAUUUUUGGUGUUCAACAUUGGCUUUCAUCACUGCGGCGUGGCUGAUUUUGCUGUUUGUGCUUCUCUCUGGGUCCAGCCUGGCCCUGAUGACCAGACUGCUGUGUGGCUCCCACCGGGUGCCGCCCACCAGGCUCUAUAUGACCGUUGUGAUCACGGUACUGGUCUUCCUCCUCUGCGGCCUGCCCUUCGGCAUCUACUGCUUCCUCAUAGUCUGGUUUCAAGAAGAUUUGGGUGCCUUCAUUCCUCAUUUCUUGGUGGUAAUUAUCCUGUCCUGUGUCAACAGCUGUGCCAACCCGAUCAUUUACUUCUUCGUUGGCUCCUUCAGGCAGCGAUGGUGGAAGCAGAGACACACCCUGAGACUGAUUCUCCAGAGGGCUCUGCAGGACACUCCUGAGGUGGAUGAACCUGGAGAAAGCCUUCCUAGGGAAACCCUGGCCAUGUAG